GCUGGGACACUCUGGGAACGAGCCGCUCUGGGUUUCCAUCCUUUUUUUUCGCACAGGCUGGGUAAGGGGGUGGGUGGUUUGCCGGGGGCUGGGUCUGCGAGUGGCUUUUUUAAACCCUGGGAUUUGAAACGCUCCUCGGGAUGAGUCGCCGCUCAGCGGUUCCGCACGGAGCGGAGGGAGAUGAUGCUUUCGGCUAGACCCAAAAAGGUUUGAACAUGGGCACCCAGCCCCACGCUCUGACCAAGGCAGAGAUACCCGCCCAUGUUCUUUACACCGUAGGAACAUGCGUGCUCAUUAUCGGCUCCAUUGGCAUCAUUGGAAACCUCCUAGUUCUCUACGCAUUUUACAGCAACAAGAAGCUGAGGACACCCCAAAACUACUUUAUAAUGAAUUUGGCCAUGAGUGACUUCUUGAUGUCGGCUUCUCAGGCACCCAUGUGCUUUGUGAACAGCUUGCACGGAGAGUGGAUACUUGGAGAUAUAGGCUGUGACUUGUACGCUUUCUGUGGGGCACUCUUUGGAAUAACCUCAAUGAUGACUUUAUUGGCUAUUUCUGUGGAUCGCUACCUUGUGAUCACGAUGCCCCUGCGAUCCAUCCAGUGGACGUCCAAGAAGCGCACGGUGCAGAUCAUCGCUGCCGUCUGGCUGUACUCGCUGGGCUGGAGCGUGGCUCCGCUCUUCGGGUGGAGUUCCUAUGUGCCUGAGGGCUUGAUGAUAUCCUGUACGUGGGACUACGUAACCUACUCCCCUGCAAACAGAAGUUACACCAUGAUUUUAUGUUGCUGCGUGUUUUUUAUUCCUCUUAUAAUAAUAUUCCAUUGUUAUUUAUUUAUGUUCCUGGCCAUAAGACGUACUGGCAGAGACGUUCAGAAGCUGGGCUCCUGCAGCCGGAAAUCCUACCUCUCUCAGUCCAUGAAGAAUGAAUGGAAACUGGCAAAAAUUGCUUUUGUGGUCAUCAUUGUGUUUGUCUUGUCUUGGUCUCCAUAUGCUUGUGUCACCUUGAUUGCCUGGGCAGGUCGAGGCAACACCCUAACACCAUAUUCCAAAUCCGUGCCAGCAGUUAUUGCCAAAGCUUCUGCAGUCUACAACCCCAUCAUCUACGCAAUAAUUCACCCAAGAUACAGAAAAACCAUCCACAACGCUGUUCCCUGCUUAAGGUUCCUUAUACGAAUAUCGAAGAAUGACCUCCUGAGAGGGUCCAUAAAUGAAUCCUCGUUUAGGACAUCUCUCUCCAGCCAUCACUCUCUUGCUGGCAGGACCAAGAGCACUUGUGUUUCAUCCAUUUCCACCGGAGAAGCUACCACUGAUUACACAAUGAUGCAUGAGAGUAUCAACUGUGAUGAUUUCAUGAACUCUAAAAUAUCCAGACCAUCCUUGCAGAAUGAGACCUGGAGCGAUGUAGAGCUUGACCCUGUAGAGCCAGCUCAUAAGAAGCUGCAGCCCCGCCGAAGUCAUUCUUUCUCAGCAAGUGUGAGACAGGAGAAGAGGGACCUGCUCCCAAAGACCUGCAGCUGCGACGCAGCAACCACAGAAAAGGAGGAAGACAAGAAAGAAACCCCCAUUUCUCCCUAAGGGUGGGAGAGUCUGGCAGCUGCCACCCUUCCCUCACUGAAAGAGGAGAUGGUGAGUACUCAGUGCAUCCAUCACGCUCAUUGCCCAAAUCGCUGAGGUUUGGUGUCACGAGCUUGAGGAGCACCCCAAGGAACCGCUGAGGAUGGGACCAGCUGGUCACCCAUGAGUCAGCUUCUGCCAGAACCAUAUCACCUGUUUCAAAACAAAUAUUUGUAUGGGCGGCACGAUAUUGAGCAUAUAUCAGUGCUGUGUUUUCAAGAAAAGAAAGGACUUGCAAACCCCCACUUGUGGCUGGACUGGGUAGCACCCGCUUUUUGAUGGACACACCUUUUCAUGGGGUUUACUUUAGUUUAAGUAACCAAACACCCACACCUUGGGCACCCAGAGCCUCUGGUUCUGUCUCCUGUGCUUUGGUUCAGCUCUGAGGCUGAUUGUCUAGAGCCAACAUAUUUUAAAGCAGAAGCUGUUCUGGAAAUUUCCAGCCACCCAGUGACCCAGUUCCUGCAUGUAUCUGCUCUGUCUUCUUUCGUGUGUUUCCUUAAGGUGAAGUCCUGAUAAACACUGGUCUUUUCCUGUAGCUGUUGUGAAUGAUAUUGAUGGAAAAAAUACGGUUUCAAAUGUGGUUACAGGCAACAUAGGCUCAAAUCUACCACCCACCUCUGCUGCCCUCCAUCAAUAGUCCAGUGUAUCCAAAGUUGUAGAAAGUGGAAAAGGCUGUACCAGGAGUCAUUUGGUGGCACCAUGAUAGAGAUUGUCACAAGGAUCAUGAAACUUUAGGCAAAUAACAAAUACAGUGUGCUUGAGUCUCAUCUGAGAUUUUUUCCAUGAGAGAAGUACAAUUAUCAAGUAUCUUGACGCGUUAAAAAUGGAGAAAUAUGUUUUUAACAUAAAAUAAUAAAUCAGAUAUGGGAAUGGCUUUUCUUUUCUUAAUCUCUGCUGAUAUUUGAACAUGUCUUGUUUUGCUUCAUUUAACAUCCUGCUUUCCAAGCUGGAGAUGUCAACACGUCACAAUUUCACCUCUUUCUCGUCAAUGAUUCAAGCGUUUUAGAAUAAAUGACUGGUGACUCAAAUAGAGACUAGUGGUAAUGAAUUUCAAAUACUCAUUUCCAUAGUCAUAUGCUGUAUGACAACGCUAAAGAUUUUGUCUCUGCUCUAGGUCUCAUUCUGCUCCAGCUAUCUGGAGAAGGUGCUUGGGCGGGCAGUCCUACACAGUCCCCCUGCAACACUCGUGACCAGCUCCCUAAAAGCAGCUUCUCUACCUGUUGGUUUGAACAGCAGCAGCAUCAGCAGAGGAGGCGACACAGACACUUCAGAGAUAGCAAGUCAAGAAAGUCAAGUUAACGGAGUCCUGGGCUCUAUCAUUAGCAAUACUGUCCCUCGCAUCAUCAUCAUUCCUACCUCAGAGACCAACCUAUUUCGAGAGGAACUAGAAGAGGAAGAGACUCAGUUGUUCCACUUUCCUGACAAAAAGGGCAAUCUGCUGGACUUGGAAGGGCUUAGCUCAUCUGUAGAGUUUCUUGAAGCUGUUGAGAAAUUUCUGUCAUGAGUUUGUCAAAAGAAAACUUUCCAGUAAUUAUUCUCUUGGCAUUUUCUCCACUUAAUUAUACCAAAUAACCGAAGCCUUGUAGGUUAGAUCAUCAGACUUUUUGUAUGUUUAUAUGGUAGUCGCUAGGCAGCCUUCAGAUUUAUCUUUGUCCGGACCAGCUCAGGCGUGGAACCAGGCUUUAAUUCAGAUUGCGCUGCAGGAAACCAGCAGUGGAAGAUCUGGCAGCGUGACCAAGUGGCAUCGGUCAAGCUGACCGCCUGUCUUGCUGAGCCCGGAUUUGUAGCCACAGGUGGAGGCUCCAGCGGAAGAAAAAGUGACCAAGCAAGAGCAGAGGCAACUCCCGAAUGUUCCUCCUACCUGUACAUGAAACAGCAUUCCUGAUAUGGCAGCUCUCUUCUGGACGGUGAUGGGAAGUGCCACAAGACCACAGCUUCUGGCAGCAAUGCAGAUGGCUAGAUGAUCUGGACUAUCUUUUAAUCAAAUUAUUUUCAGCAUUGGCAGUGUUUUGGUUUUUUAAAAAAUAGGCAGCUUGCUAAAUGUAAGUAAACAAAGUGACAGUGUAACUGGGAAGUGACUGCUUGCUUUUAAAGUGUAGCGCUAGAAGUCUGGAUUUUACCUCAGCUUUAGCACACCCACCUGAAUGUCAAAAUGCAAGGUGCUAUAUGCUAAAACAUACACUACUACCUGUAGAAGCAUUUAGAGCCCCUUCAGAGUUCUACUAUUGAUUAAAUAUGUAUGAUCCUAAUGAGUCUGUGAUUAAAAGGGUGAAUGUUCACAGCUGGCUUGACAGGUCAGUGAUAAAGCCUUGGCUGCUGUAUAUCACUUGUCUCUUCCGAGGAUAUUCUCCUCUACUUCUAUAAAACAGCCCAGCAGAUGUCGUCUUCUACAGGUCACUUACCAGAGGCAGAUAAAACAUUAUCUUAGGGAUAAUGUUUUGAUACAGGGUUUGCAGUCACAUUGUUAUCUGUGGUUAUCGAUUGUGCUUAUUUUAUCUCUGCAUAUAACAGUGCAAAUAUUUGGUCCAGUGAGUCUAGCAGUACUCAGGCAUCCAACAAGAGAGGGGGAGUUUAUGUUCACAGUCUUGGUUUAUUCCCUUGACUGUAUCCAAGAUUCUGCAGAGAACACUGAGAGCAUUUCCAAGUUUUGUGCAUGUACUGGCUUGUCUCGAGAAGCAAUUUCUCUUUUCCUGUUCUCCCAAUGCAAAAACAGAUGGAAAGAUGGAAAGCGUAGAAGUAAUUUUAUUUAUUUAUUUAUUUAUUUAUUUAUUACAAAAGAAGAUAACACAAAUCUUGUUUGCAACUAGCUAGACAGAAAUACCACCAAAGAACAAACUAAAACCCAAAGCAGUGCAGGAGAAAAAGGAAUGCCUCCAAACUGGUAGACUCAAGGCUUUGCAGGGUGUCAGCAUGGUGUAACUUUGAGAGAACUGAAACACUUGCUUUUGAUAUAGGGGAAAAAAAAACCCAAACAACUGUGGUGAGUUACAGAGGUGGUUGCUGAGACAGGCCUCCUAUUGCAAUGUUAAAACUCUUAGCACUAUUAUUUGAGGUACUCUGUUGUCCAGACACCUUCAACAGAAAUCGUAGAAUCAUUUCAGUUGGAAGAGACCCUCAGGAUCCAACCAUAACAUAACCAACUCUAGCACUAAACCAUGUCACUAAGAAACUCAUCUAAAUGCCUUUUAAACCCCUCCAGGGAUGGUGACUCCACCACUGCCCUGGGCAGCCUGUUCUAGUGCUACACAACCCUUUUGGGGAAGAAUUUUUUCCUAAUAUCCAAUCUAAACCUCCCCUGGCACAACUUGAGGCCAUUUCCUCUUGUCCUACCACUUGCUACUUGGGAGAAGAGGCCAACAUACCUCCUUACCUUGUAGAGAAGGGAGGAAAAGGGUUGCAGAGCCCCACCAUACACAUGAUUGUCCAUGUGAAGCUCCAACACAUGGAUCUGGGGCUGAUGCUCAGUGAGGGCAGCACUGCGCUGCAGUACCCACAGCCGGGAUGCUGAGGGCUGUGCCCACCAGGUGCUGGGUUUUCUGCUGGGUACAGGCAUCACCGCAAGGUUGUCUGCAAUCAGUUUGGUGCGUCCAAAUGCAAUUCCUCCAUUCAAUGAAUCAAAUGUUAAUUAAACAUUACUUAAAUAAAAUGUUCAUGGAAAACAGGGUUGGCUUAAUCCUCAGCUAAACAUACUGUCCUGCCCUCUCUGAUUGUUUCAAUUUUUUUCCUGAAUUUUUCAUCUCUGAUUUGUGGGACAUUUAUUGUUUGUUUGGGUUAUUUUAGUUUGGUUUGGUUUUUAUUUGUUUGGUUUUUGUAUGUGUGGCUGUUUGUUUAUUUUCCUACAUCAACUGUGCAGUCCAGGACCUUAAUUCUUUUUCCAUUUAAUACCCUCAGCUGCUCUAUAUCCUUUGUUCUUGAGCCAGACGUUGGAAAGCAAGUAUUCUUAUAAGCCUCCCAAGUCUUGUACCUGACUUUUACUGUUGUAAUUACUUUAAAUAACAAUAAGGAAAUGUAUUUGGUGUCCCAAAAUAUAAAAACCUGCCCUGGAGCAGUUUAUGCACUCAGAUGUUGACAGAUUUGUACGGGUAAGACUCUAGGCAGGAUAUGGCCAUAGUUUCCAAUGGGAUGAAGAAAGUAAGACCUAAAGUAAGAGUCAACAACCUCCUCUAUAUCCAGAUAAAGCUUUGCAUUUUACUUGUUAGCCUGCAAGAUGACUUUCCACUGAUCUCUUGCAUAUGUGCUGGUAUUAAUAAAGUGUCUCAGAAACUAGUGGGCUUGAGGUAUAUGCGAAGAAGUAUUUCACUUUUAUACUGUUAAUGUAAUAUACUAUUAGUACCAUUGCUCCUGAAGCUAAUGUCAAGAUUACCAUUUACUUCAACUGAUGUAGGCUAGAAUGCCAAAUGAGGUAGCAGUAGAUGAUAAAUCUUUACGUUGUAUGAAAUAUCAGAUAGAAUUAUUACAUUCACUGUGAGAUUUUUGCAGAAACAUCAGUCACAGAGCAAAUGAAUCUUAAAUUGACUAGAAUAAAGAAAAAUCUUGUAAACUGUCCCCACAUUAGAAUAGAUGGAACAUAAAAAUGUACAAUAUUAACUGUUGCUUCCUAUUUCACAAAGGAAUGUAUUCAUUCACUCAAAUGGAAUAAAAAAAUUCUCAGGAGUAAAACUAAA